AUCACUUGACUCUCUAAUUGAAGAUCUUCAUACUGGAAGAGAUUUCUAUAGCUCUGAGACCCUACGCGAGCUUCUGAAAUUAUUGCCAGAAGCUGAAGAGGUAAAGAAAUUAAAGGAUUUCAGUGGCGAUCUAUCAAAACUGUGUCAAGCAGAUUCAUUUAUGUAUAUGCUAAUCCAGGUGCCAAACUAUUCCCUGCGCAUUGAAGCAAUGGUGUUAAAAAAAGAAUUUUCUCCAUCAUGUACUUCACUGCAGAAAAACAUGACAAUUAUAAAAAUGGCUACAAAGGAGCUGAUGUGCUGUGAAGAGUUGCAUGCCAUAUUACACUUGGUGCUUCAAGCUGGGAAUAUUAUGAAUGCAGGAGGCUUCGCUGGCAAUGCAGUUGGCUUCAAGCUAUCCUCAUUACUCAAGUUGGCAGAUACAAAAGCAAACAGGCCUGGGAUGAAUCUGCUUCAUUUUGUUGCUUUGGAAGCCCAAAAGAAAGAUAAAGUUCUUCUAACCUUUUCAGAAAAAUUGCACCAUGUUCAUGAGGCAGCAAGGAUAUCCCUAGAAAAUAUUGAAACUGAACUUCACUCCCUGUCAUCAAAGACCAAAUCUCUAAAGGAUAGUAUUCGCCGGGACACAGAACUCUUUCGGCAGAUGGAAGGAUUUCUUCAGUUUGCUGUUAAAGAAUUAAAAGAACUCGACCAUUGGAAACGAGAGCUGAUGAAAGAAGCACACGCCCUUAUAGACUUUUUGUGUGAAGACAAAGAAACUAUGAAACUGGAAGAGUGCUUUCAGAUCUUUCGAGAUUUUUGUUUAAAAUUCAACAAAGCUGUUAAGGAAAACAAAGAAAGAGAGGUUCAACAACUUCAGCAGCUACAGCGACUUAAAGAGCUGGAGGACAAACGCCGGUCGUGGGUUGCUGCGGAUAUCAGUGCUUUUGGCAGGAGCAGUAGUGAAAAUGAUGUUGGUGCACUAACAAAGCGCGGACUUGAAGAGUUUUUACCCUUUUUGCAACAAAGACCCCAAAGUCCUUCUUACAGAAAUACCAGCACAAGACGCUCUCGACAUUCCUUGGGCGUGACUGCAGAAAGAGAACUCUUUACUUUCCUGAGUACCUCAAAAGGAGAAGAUCUGAACAAGUUUAACAGCCUCCCUCGUGAACAUCCUUUUCCAACAAGACCAAAUGUAGCAUGGUCAGAAAAUAAGGAGCCUGUGGAUGUCAGUUUCACUCAUUUGCACUUAGACCAAGUUUCCAAAAACAAGGUCCACAGUUACCAGUUUUUCCCAUCUCAGGCUCAACAUGUAGAAGAUGCUUCCCAUGAUAACCUCUAUAGCAAUCAAGAGAGGUCAAAUAAUGACAAGUAUGGGUUUAAUGUGCCUUGUGUAGAAUCCGGCGAUGCAGUUCCUUGGGAUCUAUCUAUGGAAGAACAUGAACAUAUUCCAAGACUGCAUAGGUUUGACUCUCAUGAAACAAAUGAUGUAGAGGAUUCAUCUCCAGUUCAUUUUGUGGCUGGAAUGCAAGGCUUGGAUGCUCAAGAUGGUCCAUUACACUCUCCUGGCAUUACAGGAGAUCCAUCCAAUAGAGAAAAGACUCAUUAUACAAUUGAACACUCUGCCAAAACGAUGAGUUACGUUAAUGAAGCUCUGGAACCUGAUAAUGAUAGCCCCAUCUCUUCAGAUGGUAGCAUUUCAGGAACUAAAACUCAAGGACCAGUUUUCUUUGAAUCAGAUUUUGAAUGUUCAUUGACACUUGAUCUCUCAGAAGAUCAAAGUUCGAAGUUAGGUGGCAAUAAAAUAGAUAACAAAAAUGGUGCUAACUCCUCUUAUAUGAAUGAACUGCAAACUGGUGAAAAUGCCAUCUUUUCUAAUGAUAAAUCUGACUGCAGCAAUAAGUCUAGUUUUCCAAAGGAGAAAUCAGUAAGGAGCAAAGACUCAUUAGGACCAAAGAGAAAUUCCUUGAAAGACAAAACUUCAGGUACCACAAAACCCAGCACUGCCUCUCCAAAUCAUCCCAGACCUGUGAGAACUCUGAAUUCAUCAGAAAAUGCAAGCAUGAGAAAAGUUGUACCCAUUUCUAGGUCCACUAAACCAGCAUCUCCUAGUUGCCCCAAAAAACCAGAGGCCAAGCCUGCAUCUCGAGACACGGCUGUAGCUGAAACACGUCUGUCACGUCGUAACUCCGUCCGGGGUAUUGUAGACGCAGCGCCAAAACCUCCCUAUCGGCAGAGUAUAUCAGUAGAAGAGCCAAAAUUUCAGCAUGGAACUUCAAAUUCAAGCAGUGGCCAUUGUGAGAAGGAGCAGCUUCAGCACAAAGGCUCUUUUAAAAAGCCCAGUUGCAAACCCGUCAGAUAUGUCCCCAAGUCAAAAACUGAUGAAACAAAAAUGUGCCGCUCCUUGAACAAAUCUCAGGGCCCUGUGGAUGCUAACAAAAGCACAUCUGCCACAGCUCCCAAGGCACCAGCUCCUGUUCCGAGUUUUGCAAGAAACACAGUGGCCUCUUCGUCAAAAUGCGCAAAGGUGGAUUUGCCCCCUCCUUCCAGAGCCCCACCUCUCACAAGGUCUUUGUCUCAAAGACUACCUCGAAUGAAAGUAACAGCCGCCUCUGAUGAUUUUAACCCAAAGGAAAAUGGUGGCACACUGAAAAGAGCCAACAGUGCUAAAAUUAUCAAAAGAAACACUGACAACAGUGACCUUCUUAGUGUUAAAGCAGACUCUGCGCCAGGGGAACAAAUAAUGGAAAAAUCAGGAUCCUUUAAAUGCAAAGAUGGGAGUCAAACUACAAUUGGGAAACUAUUCAAUCACUUCUAAAACAUAAAAGCAUUUGUAUCAUUUGGCAAUAUGGAAAGUGAAAACCAGGUUUCUCAAUGCUAACUAUUUUUGUUAUGAAAGAUUCUAAACAAACAUGCUGUAUUUUGUUAUUCGAUAGAAACUAAGGUACCUUGUGCGAAUCCUGAGGGAUGCCUGAAUUGAAUGUAUUUCAAAACUACUGUGAUGGAAUAGCUGUAACUAAGAUCCCUUGUCUUGGGGAGAGAGUAGCUUUUCAGGAAUUUAGCAUGCUAAAACUGAUUUCCUAGUGUUCUGCCUGACAAGACCUCAUCUCCAAGUUAGCUGGCUUGAGAUAAGAUAAACUAGAGUUAAUUACAAGUAAAAAAUAUUGCAAAGUUGGGGAUGGUUGUGCUAACAAAUUCUUUCAUGCAAUGAAAGGCAGGGAAUUCAGAAUUAGGAAUUAUGGCCAGUUGUAUUGUCACUGCUUUUCUGAGAAUGCAGACCUGAACUUUUUUUUUU